AUGAUGGUGAUUUGGGUUAAUGAAGAUGUAACAGAUUCCGGAACUAUGGGAGCACCAUCUGUCAUCUUUCCGUUUUAUUUACUGUAUGUGGGAACAUCUACUGAUGAAGUAGCUAUCAAGAGAGCCAUUCCAGUGGCGCAGGUGGCUCACGUGUCACAUAGCCAACAGAAAAGAAACAUGAUGAAUAGUUCUUACAGCACUAGGGUAUCAGCCCCUACUUUUGUUUCUGGACGUGAAGGUGGUAAUGAUUUCACCAACUUAAAUCCGAAUGGAAGGUUGGUGAAUGAUGAGCCUAAUCAACCUGAAACACCCAACAUAAACGAAAACAACAAAAAAAGUUUAUUUUCAUGUACCGACAUUACCUGGGUAGGCACUCUUAACACUAGAACGAUAAGAACUGCUCAGAGGAAACUGGAGAUGGUACAUCUUUUCGAGAAGAGUGGAGCAGAGAUUGUAGGUAUCCAAGAGCACAGGAUAGUCCAUGAAGAGCCUGUCAAAGUAGAGAGAGUUGGCAAGAGCAGCUAUCUAAUUACUUCAUCAGCUACUAGGAAUCGGGCCCAGGCAGCAGUGGGCGGAGUGGGAUUCAUCCUAACUAGCAAGGCAUUUGACGCAACUACGGAGAUAACACCAGUAACGGAGAGAAUCCUUAAGAUAUCUCUAAAUGGUAAUCCUAAACCAACCUUCGUCUGUGUCUACGGACCUACGGAGGCAGAUAGUGUAGAAGCAGCAGAGAAGUUUCAUACCGAUCUAAGGUGUUGUGCAGUCUCACAGAUCCCUGCUCACAACUUCUUGGAGAUGAUUGGGGAUUUUAACGCUCACCUAUCAAAGAGGGACGAGAAUGACUUUGGUUGGUAUUUCCAUGAGAGAACCAACAGAAAUGGGGAACUGCUUCGGGAUACUGCCCUGGAAUGUAAUCUGGAGAUUACAAACACCAGGUUCAGAAAGAAGCGGGGUAAGAUGUGGACUCACCUAUCGGAUGGAACCCUGAAUAAGUCUCAGUUAGACUUUAUUCUAGUGAGGAAGAAGUGGAGGAACAGUGUCAAAAAUACUGAAGUCUACAGCUUCUUUAGUACACUGGGUACUGAUCAUAGACUUGUUUUGUCUAAGAUCAAGCUAUCUCUUCGACGAGCAAAAAAGCAACCCAAGAAAACCUGGUAUAAUUGGGGAGCACUUAAAUCGGAUGAAGACCUUCAGAAGAGAUAUGCGGUAGAAGUCAAGAAUCGGUACUCUGCUUUAUGCGGGUGA